CUGUUUGUGUUGCUCCUCGGAGGUGAAGAACCUGAGGCAGGAUGGGCUGCGUAAGUGGUGCACAGAGCUUGGCAAAGUGCUGAGCAGUGCAGUGGAAAUGGUGCUGCAAGCAAAAAGCUUUGGUCAGGGCUGUGAUGUGAUGCUCAGCUGCUAGUCUGGGUGCUCUGAGAGUUAGCUGGAGUCGGGCUGCAGGUGGAGGAGUGCUGUGGUGCCUCGCUCAGCUGCCUACCAGUGUCUGCUCUCACCUGGGCUGUGCUGAGCUCUGUGGGAUGCCCAUCUUGCCUGUGUUGCCCUGUCUGCAGGAGCUGCAGCAGUGUUGGCCCUGUCCUGAUCAGUGGCUCCAGCCUCUGCUGUUGCACCUGGUGACAGGAACAAAAGGCUGUGGAGUGUGGAUUAAGUGGAAGUAACCCCAGCAGGCUUGUGUACAAAGAAGCAAUGGAGAGGAAAGCUGGUGUUCAGGCAUUUUUUUGGAGGAUGCAUCAGUCUCGAUGGCACCAGUGUACGUGUCUGCAUCUUGCCACUGGUGUUUAUGCCUGGUGCUUGGAUUUUAUUCCCUACCACAGACCAUGCAUGAGGCUUUCUGCAGAGUUCUUGGACAACGCAGGGAUGAGAACUUCAGGAACGAGCAGCAAACCCCAGGAGUGAACAAACCUCUGAUGCCCUGGAGCUGCUGUUGCACGAAGCGGUGUCUGGCACACCGAGCCCCUCUGGGCUGGAAGUGGGGCAGAGCCCAAAGCUGCCUGCCAUCUGACCAGAAGUCUUGCUGUCAGCGUGGAGGUGCUGCCAGCUGUGGGGCUGAGGGGCUGUCCAGGCCUGGAGCUGCUGUGCCAGCUCUGCAGCUGUUCUCAGAGCAGAUGCUGCCGGGGGGAUCACACACGGAGGAGCUGCUCUCAAGUUGCUGCUUGUGGUGUUCCUGCAGUGCUCUUAAUUCUCCCAAGGUUCUCCACUGGCACUCGGAUUUCAUGAGGAAGGAGCUCCAGGUUUUAGAAGUGUUCAGUUCUGGGCAAACUGGGAUGCGUGCCGUCAUGGUGGCCGAAGUAGCCGUGAAGUGUGGGAGUAGCAUUUUACUAUAACUCAUAGAUUUGAUCAUCACCAAUAUCUUAGAAGAAAUGCCAUGUGACGACAUACAGGGCUAGGGAAGGGGCAAGGCUGAAGGACCGUAACAGAUGGUGCUUGUUUCAGGACUUCAGCCUUAUCCCUACCCUUGUAACAGAGCAAGCAGGGCCCUGCUUGGAGUGGGAGAGCAAGGGGAAGGUGAACUUGGUCCUCUGUGCUCUCCUGUGGUGGGCCCUGCAGUGAGGGAGCAAGGGAAUGAGGAGUUGUGCUGGGGAUGCUGCCUUAGCGCUCGUCUGCGGGCCUCUGCUGUAAAGCGCACAGCUCUGUAGUGAUGCUGCUGUUGGGCUGCUGGCUGCCUUGUGUUGAGGUUACUGGGCAACUGAGCAGCGCCAAGCGAUCCGUGUGCUCCCUGCCUCUGGACUGUUCUGUCUGUGCUGUAGUUUGGCCUCACAGCAGCUCGUGGGAGCAGCUCAGUGCUUCCUGCUGAGCUCGGCUCCCACCUGGUGCCUGGGCUGUGCAGCGCUCGGUCCCUGCACCCAGAGGAAGUUAGGUGCUGCCUUGGUGUUCUUGCUGUUCAGGCUUUGAAAGAAGAUGAAAGGUGACUGAUGCUUACAUCAGAGCUCGUUGUAGCGCGUACCCUGGCAGGCUCUGUGUUUCAUUAAGCUUGGCUUUUCUUUUGCUGCCUUUUCAUGUGCAAGUGUUGUCAAGAAGGCCAGUGGAUCUAAGCCAUUCCAUGCCCCAGAAAGGCAGAUUCUGUGAAAGGAGAAGGAUUCAAAUCCUUCUGAAGAUCAAAAUGUUUCUGUUGUUCGGAAGAAGCAGCCUUAGAAUGGGAGCUGUUUUGGAGUUGCAGAGUCUUGUAGACCAAAAGUGCCUUUGGAACCCACAGUUGGAUGCUGGAGCUUCUGUGAGCGCUGCCUUGACAAACGGAACCAGAGCUGUGUUGCUUCACAGCCUGCCCUGUGUGCUGGCUUCUGUGUCAGGAGUUGAAUGAUCUGGCACGUGAUCCUCCAGCACAGUGUUCAGCAGGGCCUGUUGGUGAUGACAUGUUCCAUUGGCAAGCUACAAUAAUGGGACCAAACGACAGUCCCUAUCAAGGUGGAGUAUUUUUCUUGACAAUUCACUUCCCAACAGAUUAUCCCUUCAAACCACCUAAGGUUGCAUUUACAACAAGAAUCUAUCAUCCAAAUAUUAACAGUAAUGGCAGCAUUUGUCUUGAUAUUCUACGAUCACAGUGGUCCCCAGCACUAACUAUUUCAAAAGUACUUUUGUCCAUCUGUUCUCUGUUGUGUGAUCCCAAUCCAGAUGAUCCUUUAGUGCCUGAGAUUGCACGGAUCUACAAAACAGAUAGAGAAAACCAGCAGAGGGAGAACAAGUUGCUUUGGUGGGAGGAUGUUUCCAUGCUAGCUGUUGGUGAUGGAGUCAGGCAAGCAAAGAAACAACAAAAUACUAUUUUCAUCUUAAUUUGACAAGCCAAGGAAAGAACAAGUGGUGUAGAGAGAGGGGGAGAGGACACAAGCUGCCUCUGAGGUGAACUGCAAACUGAAGAGAAGUCUGCUACUGAGAAGGUUUCGAUUGUUUUGUUUAAAAGCACCAGUUUAAACAUAAAGCAUAGAAUGGUUUGGGUUGGAAGGGACCUUGAAGCCCAUCCAGUUCCAACCCCCUUGCUUUGGGCUGAUUGUCCCCCCCAUCUGUGGCCUUGGGCCUCUCCAGCAUAGGGCACCACAGCUUUUCCAGGCAGCCGAUGCCACAACCGCCAUCCGAAUAAAGAUUUUCUUCUCGCUGUGUAACCAAAGUCUCCCCUUCUUAGUUGCAAACUGUUCCCCCUUAUCCUUCUGUCAGAUGACGUAAGAAGUCUGUCUCCUCCUUAUAAAUAAUCUCUCUUCAGGUACUUGGAAGGUCUCCCCAGAGCCUUUUCUUCUCUACACUGGAGAAGCCUCGGGCUUUCCUUGUCAGGAAGGUACUGCUGCAUUCUGAAUGUUGUCUUGGCCUCCUCUGCUCCACCAGCCUCAGCUGUCCUGUGCUGGAGGCCCGGAUGCAGUACCCCAGGUGGGGCCUCACGAGGGCAGAGCAGAGGGGGGCAGUCCCCUUCCUCACCACCCUGCCCGCGUCCCUCUGUUGGUGCAGCUCAGGGUCCUGUUGUCCUUCUAGGCUUUGAGCACCAGAACCGCAGAGUCUUUGUCUUCAGGGCUGCUCUCAGUGAGGCCUUCUACCAGUCUGUGUGCAUAUCAGGGAUUGCCCUGACCCAGGUGAAGCACCUUGCUCUUGGCCUUGUUGAGCCUUGUUUGAUUCACGUGUGCCCGCUUCUCAGCCUGUCCAGGUCCCUCUGGAAGGCACCUCUUCCUUCUGUUGUGUCAGCUGCACUGCCCAUCUUGGUCAAACUUGCUGAGGGUGCACUUGAUUCUGCUAUCUGUCAUUCAUAAAGACAUUGAAGAGCACCAAGAUGGACCCCUGGGCUUGUGAGCAGCCUCCCCCUUGUAUGGAGCUAUUGACUGCAACCCUCUGGCUGACCAACCAUUUCCUGACCCGCUGAUCAGCCCACCCUUCAAAUGAAUUUCUUUUCAGUUUAGAUGUGGUGUGAGGCCACGGCGAAGGCCUUGCAGCAGCCCAGGUGCAUGACAGCAGUUUACCUUCCUUUCUUCACCAGUGCCAUGGCUCUAUCAUGGAGGCCACCAGCUGGGUCAGGCACUCUGCCCUGGGUGAAGCCAUGCUGGCUGUCUCUGUUCAUCUCCUCAUCUCUCGUGCUUUCCAAGAAGAUCUCUUCCAUCUUUCCAGGCACGGAUGCUGAGGAUCACAGGUGGUUUCCUGGGUCUUCCUUUCUUGAAGGUUAGGAGCAAUGCUUCCCUUUCUGCAGUCUCUGGGAUCCUCACCUGACAGCCAGGACCGCUCAAAUGCGAUGGAGAGCAGCUGGGCAGCCACAUCAGCUGCUUCUCUCAGGACCCUGGGAUGCACAUGGUGUGCUCCCACAGGCAUUCAGCUUCGUGAGGUGCUCUCAGGCUUGCUGUGCUCCCAGCAGUGGGAAGGGUUCUGCUCCGCCAACCCCUGCCUGGAGCUCAGGGAUGUGGGAAGCCUGACUGCAGCAGAGGGCAAGGCAGGGGAACUCGCUGAGUGGUGCUGCCUCGUCUGCAGUUGCAGUUGUGAUCAUGAGGCUUUUUUACCCCCUUGUUCUCAUCCAGCUCUGAUCGCUGGUAUUAAUUCCUGAAGUUACAGAGUUGUGUCAUGAGAGCAAGGAAGGAAGGUGAUUCUCAAACUUCGGUGUUUGAGAAAUAGGGAACUCUGUGCGUCUUGCUUUUAGUCAGAGCUGCGAGGUUUGCAGGGUGUGUGUCGAGUCUCAGCUAAGCAUACAAUUGCUCUUUCCUAUUCACUUUAUGUAGGAGUUUUUUCCCCUUCCUCCAGAGUCAGCAACUUCUGUGCUCACACGUAUCUGGACUUGGUUUUCAGUAGCCUCAAAGCAAGUGACAGUUGCUUUGCUGUGGUUUCUUGAUUUUCUUAAGCUGAAGAACUUUGUCUACAGACUAAAUUGCAACACAGAAACUUGGUUGGUGUAAAUAACUAGGAAACUUCCUGCCUUGUGAUGCUUUUUCUGCAAACUCUGUAGAACAACUCGAAUUCUGUAGUCAGAAACACCACCUUUAUCAGUGCUGUCAGUCACAGCCGCCGCUUUGUUUCCCGUGCUCAUCCUGAGCUCCCUCUGGAUGUGAUUCUGGCUGUUAAGGGGAGCAGAAGCUCCAGGUGGCUGGGAGAAAGGAGCAGAGCGUGCCUUCAGAGUAAGAGCUUGUCGUGGGCAAGGCUGUGUGUGCCGGUAGCCGCGGACACGAGGCUGGAUGCAGCGGGAGCCUGGGAGGGCUUGGCACCACUGGGCUGAACCUGGGGGGGUGCAGAGGGCUGGGAGGGAGGCACUGAUCUGCGGCUCUCCAGAAUGGCCAGAUUAAAGCCCUGCAGCUGGGAGAGGAGCAGGCGAAACCUUGCUGGAAACGCUCCUUGCUGCUGCUCUGUUUGCGGCUCUCCGCUCCAGCAGGGCGCGUCUGCUCUGCUCACGGAGUGCAGGGGGCUCGGCCUGCUCCCCUGCUGGCACCGUGCUGCCCUUUGCUCUUUUGCUCGUGCAAAACGGCCGUGCUGCUGCAGGGUCUCGAGUUCGUGUGGCGUUACUGAGCUGGGAUGCUGUGCUAAGUGAAUGCUCUUUUUGUAC